AUGGACCCAAUUUACCGCGCCCGCCUGGCCAUCCAGCCGACUCAAUUUACCAUUCGGCCAAAAAGCUCCUCCGAGGCCACAAAGAUUUCAAUGGAGGUAUUAAUAACCAAUACACGGUACAAUUACCCUGUUACAGAGAUCAAUCGUUACCGGCGUGAGGCCCGCUAUGACGAUGUCCGCCAUGCCCAUUCUCGUCUCACAAACGCCGUCGCACUGGACCCUCCGUAUGGGAUCUUGAUGCCUAUCGGGCUAAUUCGGGGGAAAGAACAUCGGCUGUCUCCUCGUUGGAGCUCUGAGCUUGAGCGUCUGAAUCGUUUAGAGUGGAAGGAGCCAGGAUUAUUUUAUGGUUUUGACUGGUUUGAGGGGGAGUCCGUGGAGGAUUGCAACUCGGCGUACAAGCGGGCGUAUGGUUGGGAAUAA